GUGGUGUUUCACAAAAUGUCUCCCAAUGAGACUCUGUUCUUGGAAAGUACCAACAAAAUCUACAAGGAUGAUAUUUCCAACAGUUCAUUUGUGAACUUCCAAAUAUGGGAUUUUCCUGGACAGAUGGACUUUUUUGAUCCAACAUUUGAUUAUGAGAUGAUCUUCAGAGGAACAGGUGCUCUAAUAUAUGUUAUUGAUGCCCAGGAUGACUACAUGGAAGCUUUAACAAGACUCCACAUUACAGUUUCAAAAGCCUACAAGGUCAACCCAGAAAUGAACUUUGAAGUUUUUAUUCAUAAAGUUGAUGGUUUAUCAGAUGACCAUAAAAUAGAAACUCAGAGGGAUAUUCAUCAGAGGGCUAAUGAUGAUCUCACAGAUGCUGGGCUUGAAAAACUUCACCUUAGCUUUUAUUUGACCAGUAUCUAUGACCAUUCAAUAUUUGAAGCCUUCAGUAAAGUGGUACAGAAGCUCAUUCCACAGCUGCCAACCCUGGAAAAUCUACUUAAUAUCUUCAUAUCAAAUUCAGGCAUUGAAAAAGCUUUUCUCUUCGAUGUAGUCAGCAAAAUCUACAUUGCAACAGACAGUUCUCCUGUGGACAUGCAGUCAUAUGAGUUGUGCUGUGACAUGAUUGAUGUAGUCAUAGAUGUUUCCUGUAUAUAUGGGUUAAAAGAAGAUGGCUCUGGAAGUGCUUAUGAUAAAGAGUCAAUGGCAAUUAUCAAGCUCAAUAACACAACAGUCCUGUACUUAAAGGAAGUAACAAAGUUUUUGGCAUUAGUUUGCAUUCUUAGAGAAGAGAGUUUUGAGCGCAAAGGUUUGAUAGACUACAAUUUCCAUUGCUUCCGCAAAGCCAUCCAUGAAGUUUUUGAAGUAGGUGUUGCCUCCCACAGGAUCUGCAACCAUCAAUCAAGCACCUCAAAUAUGAAAGCAGUGACUCACAAUGGCACACCUAGGAAUGCAGUCUAGAGGAAGGCUAAAGACCUUGGGUAGACUUGUCAGCUCUUCACUCCAAAGUUUUGUGGAACAAGAGAAGAGUAGUCUGAAAGCCUGAAGUAUGUUUCAGAGAAGAGUGGUCCUAACUGUGGAACAGCAGAUUGUAACUCAUGUUGGGCAACUGAAACUACUGUGAAAAUACUUUGAGGCCAGUGGAGUUAGAAAUGCCAGUUUGAAAUCAGCUGUAUUGCAAAUGCAGUAGGUUUUCAGUUUGGAGUCCUCUUUUAACAGUCUGUGUCUGACUGAUUGCCUGGUCAAAACUUACAAGCAAUUGAGUUGGGUUUUGUGUGAAACACUGAACAGUCACUUGCUUAACUUUUAAAAUUUUUUUUUAAAUUAAUCUGUAGAAUAUCCUCUUUUGCUUAAGUUUACCUCCUGUCAUGCAAAAACAAAAUUGGUGUUAUUAAGGCUUGUGAAACUCAAGCUUUUUGCUUGCUGAGGCUGGUCUCAAAUCAUUCCAUUAAGUAGUUCUUGUUCUUGCUGGUGUGCUCAUAGUUCUCAUGAAUUCUGUGCUUGUUAAGUGGGUGCAAGAUAGAGAGCUCUGUUCUAGUGAUCAUGUGUUUGUUUAGAGAACUGACCUGGAGCUUCAUUUUGAGAGAAAGUGAUACUUUGCUUUCAGACCACACUUCUUGGUAUGUCCCCUUUGAUGGAAGGAAAGGAUUAAAAUCAGAAAUAAACGACCUGCUCUCUUUUGCAAAAACAUGGAUGUCAUAAAUCUGUGUGAUUAAUCCUAUUCAUGAAACAACUGCAUGGCUAACUAAACUGAAAUGUCUGCCAUCUGUUGGAACAAAGCAGCCACUUUCAGCUAUUCCCAAGCAAAGAAAUUACCAAGUUACUGACUUUUGAUGGUGGAUCUUUCUCCACUCUCUGACUGAUAAUCAAGACAAUUCCUAGCAAAAUGUCUGAGGGUGUUAUCUGUGCAUGGCAAUUAAGUUCACUGUGCCAUAAUUUACUAAUAGUACUGGACUUUGGAAGUACAUUGAUUCUGUACUAUGACAAACACCCUCUCGUUUGUCUCUGUGCAAUCUGACUAAAAUAGUGGUUUUUCUGAUUUUGUGAAUUCUGCUGACUUUCAUACUACGGGCAGUAUAUGUGAAUUCUUUAAUUUAUUGGUAUUAGUAGUGCAGAUGUCAUUCUGUACACCAGCCUUGCUGUGCAGGAGGCUCAGCCACUGGCCCAUAAAGACCUUGCCUCCUUUUACCUGUCCCUGUGUGUGUAUAGGUGUUGCAAAGCCAUUGGACCAACUAUACAAGUCCCACUAUAAAAGUUUCUGCAAGAAGAACCAAUUGGAGUGAUUUCUGCAGCUGGUGUAUUUAUGUGGUCAGAAAUAACCUUGGGACUGCUUCUGUGCUUAUAGAAUGAACUUCCAUUGAUAUAUGUAAAAAUGAAUAUAUACAUGCAUUAACAUUGGGGUGUAUGCACAUUCUGUGUAAAUGUUUUUUUUUUACAGCAGGAAACUGGAAUUCAAGUGCUCUAGGUCUGUUCUCUUAAAUGUAGGCUGAGCCCCUUUUUGCUAAUGGAACUGUAGAGCUCUUUUUGAGGGAGUGCAGUGGGCUCUUAAGAUUGGGUUUUGUAGUUUGCAAGCACUAUCACAGUUCAGAUUCUGAAGGUAAGAGGAGAAGCAAUUGGCAAAAUAACAGGAAGAAAGAAUCCCCAUUUGUGCAGUGAGUUUUCCAUGUUCUAAGUACAUGCAUAUGUUCUCUUUCUUUUCACCCACUACAGGAUUUUGUGCUAAUAAAAUGAAAAAAAAAAAAAAAA